UUUGACGCUGCACCUCCGCUGAGCACGGGACGGUGUCGGAGUGGAGUUGAAAAAGAAGAUUGCAACACAGCAGUUCAGUUCACAGGGAGGAUCUGUGUACCGAGAGAAAGCAGAAACAUUAGCAGUGGAAAGUUUCCUGUUAGUCAGUUCAGCGGAAGUGGAGCUCGAGCAAAGUCAGUGUGCGCAACAGGUGUCAGUUUCUGUUAGGUUGGAGUGUAGGUUAGAAGACUCUGAAGUGUUCGGGUAGUGAGGACUAAAGUCUUCGUCGGGUAGAAGAGUACCAACAUGUCAAACCUCCGACCCAAACUGUGUGUUCUGGAGAAAGGAUCCAGCGGCUACGGGUUCCACCUACACGGAGAGAAGGGCAAGACCGGCCAGUUUAUCAGGCUCGUGGAGUCUGACACUCCCGCCUCCGCUGCCGGGCUUCUCGCGGGCGACUGUCUGGCAUUCGUGAAUGGGGAGAGCGUGGAAGGCGAGAGCCACCAGCAAGUGGUCGCCCGGAUCCGGGCCACCGCCGAGGCUCUGGAGCUUAUCGUGGUGGACCACGAAACGGCUGAUCUGCUGAAGAAACACAACCUGCAGUGCCGGAGGGAGUUCGUCACGGAGGGGAUUCCCCUGCCCGGCGGGGACAGCGACUCUGACCACGGGGACUCACAGAGCAACGGAACCCCGAGGGAGUCCAGCCCUGCCCCGCGUGAGAACGGGGAUGCUUCCUCGGAAAGGUCGGGGAGGCUGAGUGUCAGCUCCAGCACCAAGGAGGAGAGAGGCGGGCUGCGGCCUCGUCUCUGCCACAUGAAGAAAGGAACCAGUGGUUACGGCUUCAACCUGCACAGUGAGAAGUCCAAACCAGGCCAGUUCAUCAGAGCUGUGGAUGAAGACUCUCCAGCACAGAGAGCAGGCCUUAAAGCACAGGACAAGAUCAUCCAGGUGAAUAGCAUGUCAGUGAUUGACAUGCAGCACUCUGAGGUGGUUGCAGCGAUCAAAGCAGGCGGAGAGGAGACCUGCCUGCUGGUGGUGGAUGCUGAGACUGAAGAAUUCUUUAAGAGAUGUAACGUCCAGCCCACUGAGGAACACGUCAGCGGAGUUCUUCCUGAGCCAGAAAGAGCAUCAGAGAAGGAGGAGCAGGCAGCAGCAGAGGUGAAGCCUAAAGUGUCUGUGAGCUCGUCAGCUUCCAGUGCGUCCUCCAACGCCUCCCUGCAGGCGGCCGGCAGAAGCGACCCGCCUGCACAGGUGGAGCCACCCCCAGCAGCUGACAGUCUGGGUCUGACCAUUUCACUGGCUCAGGCCAAAGAGAGAGCCCGUCAGAAACGAUCCGCCAAGAAAGCCCCGAACAUGGACUGGAGCAAGAGGAACGAACUGUUCAGCAACUUGUAAACACCAUCAUGACCAUCAUCAUCAUCAUCAUCAUCAUCAUGACUGUCUGAUCUCUGGAUUUGUUCUUUCGGUACAUUUGGAACUCUCAUGUUUAACAGUAUUAUUUGAUGAUUUUAUUUGUUUUAAUUUAGUUUCUCCGCUUCAUGUUUUAAUAAUGUUUGACGUCACACACAGGAAUGAAUGAUAAUAUAUGCAGAAUUUUUUUUAAAAUAGAGAAAUAGUAAUGUACAGUUUGUCAGUUGUCAGGAUUAACGGGGAAACAAUGAUUAGCAGAUUUUGAGUCAAAAUGUUAAAUGUCAGAUUUUGAUGUUUGCAAUCAGCAACGAGAAUGAAAGAAUGAAUCCAUGCUGCAUCCUUGUUUGCAUCGUAACCAUUGCAUGACAUAAUUGUGUUUUAAUCAGCAGCAUGUUAGCCUUCACAUGGCUGAAAGCUCUGGGAGCCUUACUAGAAACGAUUCAUCAUUUCUGUCAUUGUGUGUGAUUCAAGGAAAUGACAUUUCAUUUUUCAUGUGGCUCCUGAUAGAUGAUUGUACAUACAUGAAUAAAUGAUCUAAGGGCGUCUUAUUUGACUGACUGAUCAGUUGAGUACGGCCUUUACCAUGUGGAAAUAUAAAGUGUGCAGGCUCCACUGUACAAUGUAUUGAUGAACAUUGACAAAUAUAACUUUUUGGAUCAAAUGGAA